ACCACACGAGGCGGCGCCGGCGAAGGCCCCCGCCGCGCACUCAGCUGCCAAAAGAGGCCACCGAUCAAGAUACGAGACGGUGCAGAUGCAAAUCCUCUCGCGCUCGAUUCUUCUCCCCCUCCAGCGCUCCAAUGUCGCCACCUCCCCUGCCUCAAUUCACCGCCUCGUCUCUACCCGACAUCUCCUCUCUUUCAUGGCAUCUGGUACACCUCGCUGGUGGCCACGAGUUUCUCCACGCUUUGCCGCAGCCAAUCAACAGAUGCGUCAUGUUUCCCGAUUUCCUCAUGUAUCUCGGAAGAUGGCCAGCAGCAGUAGAGUAAAAGGCGAGGAGUUGGGUAGUCCAGACAGAUUCAACCCGUCUGCCAAGGAUUUUAUUAUUUCCUUGGAAGAUGAGACGAGAGCAAGGGUGAAUGUCAUUUCUGGCGAUGAAGAUGCAUAUAGGAAUAGGACAACCUUGGAGGUCAUGGAUAGCAAACCUGAUACAACAGGGGGAACUGCACACCCAGAUGGUUGUGAGCUGAGCAAUGAUGACAAAGAAAGCUGGGCUGCAGAGAUACCUGGUUAUCUGAUGGAUGAUAUAUACCCUAUGGAUAUACUUCAAGAUAGCAGCCACCGUGAUGGUUCUAUAUACAGUGACACGCCUAGCUGGAAAAGAGAAUUUCGUAUUGCUGACCGUAUGAGAGGUUCUCUCAUCAACAUGGCUGGCCCAAAGCGAGGGAUCCAAUUGAUUGGCACUACUCUAAUUGAAUAUGACAUGAAGAUCAAGACAGGCAGACAUGAAAAUGAAGAUCUACAGCUGAUCGACGGCGUAUCACUCGUAGACUACUCGUGGAAUUGCAGCCCAUUCACUUGCCGCAUGCGCGGCGGCUGUGGUGCGAUCGACAUAACCGCCUCAUGUCUUUACUUUGCGGUUGAGGCGACUGUGGAAGUUGCCAUAUCACAAGUGCAAAGUGGUUUCAGCAUGCGUCUUGGUUGUUUUACCAGCGGGAUACAUGAAGAAAUCCUGCUCUUCGAUGGUGCUAUUGCUGAGUCAUGUGGCUUGAAGAGGUCAGUGAUUGCUGUAGUGAAGGGUGCUCAGAUGGAUUUGAAGUUUAUGGUAGCCUCAGACUCGUGCAUCCCAGCUGAACAUUGUUGUUCCUUUGAAGCGACCAAGCAUGGGCAUGCUACUCAAGAGAUAAAGACUGAUUUUGCGUUAAUCGGAGUGAAGGUGUCUUGGUCGACUUUGAUCUGA